UUUACAGUCAAAAGAGAAUCAUGAAGUUCAUUAUUUUGCUUUGGGGGCUCUUUGUGGCACCUCAAGUUGUUCUUACUUCCCGCUUUGACAGGGCAAAGGUGUUUCGGGUGAAUCUUCAAAAUGAACACCAAGUGAACUUCCUAAAGGAGCUGGCCUCUAAAGUACAGAUUGAUAUUUGGCGUCCUGAUUCAGUUCAUGAAAUUGUCGUUGGAACCAGUGUGGAUUUCCAAGUCAAUUCUGAUCAGACAAACUAUGUCCAGACAAUGCUGGAACAGAACAGAACACCUUUUGAAAUUUUAUUCCAUGAUCUUCAAGAAGAAAUUGAAAAACAAUUUGAUGGAGGGAAACAUUCCCAUAAUAAGCACAGCUAUACCAGAUACAAUAACUGGGAAAAGAUUGCUGCAUGGAUGGAAAGAAUAGCCAAAAAAUAUCCAAAAUUGGUUUCCCAGAUAGAGAUUGGAAAGACCUAUGAAGAGCGCACCAUGUACCUUCUUAAGGUUGGGACGGAGAGUGGCAGAAAGAAGGCUAUCUUUAUGGAAUGUGGUGCUCAUGCGCGUGAAUGGAUUUCACCAGCGUUUUGCCAGUGGUUUGUAAAGCAGGCUGUCACAAGAUAUGGAAAUGACAAAGUCAUGACAAAACUAUUGGACAAUAUGAACUUUUAUGUCCUUCCUGUAUUCAACAUUGAUGGUUAUGCCUGGACGUGGAAUAAAGCAGGGGAUCGCAUGUGGAGAAAGAAUCGUGCCAAUACUUCUGACAGUGACUGCAUUGGUGUUGACUUGAACAGGAAUUUCAAUCUUGCUUGGGACAGUGACAAUGAGAGAUAUGUGCAAGAACCUUGUGAGGAAAUAUAUCGUGGUCCCUCUGCAGGGUCUGAGCCAGAAACAAAAGCCCUUACCAAUUUCAUUCGUAACCACAUUUCCUCUAUCAAAGGAUAUAUAUGUGUACAUUCCUACUCUCAGAUGCUGAUGUUUCCUUAUGGAUACACAGAAAAGCAAGCACCCAAUCACGAUGCCCUGAAUGAAGUGGCUAAGGGAGCAGUGAAUGCUUUAUCGAGUCUCUAUCAUACAAAGUAUACAUACGGAGCUAUUGCCACUACAAUCUAUUCUUGCUCUGGUACUUCACUUGACUGGGCUUAUGGUGAAGGUAUUAAGUAUGCAUUUGUCUUUGAACUUCGUGACCUUGGCCGGCAUGGGUUUCUCCUCCCUGAAACAAAGAUAAGGCCAACUUGUAAGGAAACAAUGCUGGCUGUCCAAUACAUUGCAAAUCAUAUCCUGACCUCCGUUCCAUGAAGAAAUGUUCACAUUUACUUAAGAAGAGAAUGAUCUCUGGCUACUGUAUCCCCCUUUUGAUUUCUAUCCUAUAAUUCUUCCUGCCCCCUGGCCCCCUCAUCCCUUUGAAAAUUAUUUUGUCAACAACCUUAUUAAUUUCUGUAGAGAUAGAGUGGCUUCUGACCUUUCUAUAUGACAACAGUGAAGCAAGCUUAUUAUAUUUUCACAUUCUUGCAGAGGAUUAAUCAUUUUACUUUGCUAAAUAUUUUAGGGAUAGGCAUCUUUUUAGAUCAGUCUAAAUACUCUGAAGGUAUCAGAUCCAGCCUAAUCUCAGAAGUUAAGCAAGGUUAGCCCUGGUUAGUAUCUGGAUGAAAGACUGCCAAUGAAUACUAGGUUCUGCAGGCUAUAUUUCAGAGCAAAGAACUGGCAUAACCACCUUUUGAGUACUCCUUGGCAGAAAACCCUGGCUUUUCUUCCCAUACCUUCUGUGUACCUUUCCUGAAACUUCUGCCUGUUCCACAUUUAUUUUUUAGCCUGCCUUGAUGGGAUGUAGUUGCCUUAUUUUCUUUGUUUUUAACUAUAGCCCUGGAGGCUCAUAAUGAACCCCAUCAGAACUACCUUUCUGUGUGUGCUCAUUUAUUUGGCUGCAACUUGCAUUUUUUAAUAUUAUCACUAUGCAAACAAACUUGAUGAUUCAGAUAAUUUUCCUGUCAGUAAAUAAUUCCCUUCCUCCCAAGCUAUCAAAUAAAUGUAGAGACCAGCAAUCCCACAUGAUUGGCUAUGAUAUUCACACAUCUAGCUGUAUGUAGUAGCUCUAUGGGGAAAUGGUUCCUACACGCAGCUUUGGUGAGUAAGAUGUAUGAUCCCAUCCUAAAGUCACUAAUAUUUUGUGAUUGAUCUGCACCAAAAUACAUUAAUACAGUACUUCUAUUUCUGGCAAUGAACACUUAAUGUAUGUACAUAAUAAUGUAUGUUUCAAAUGUUCCCCUUCCUCAUCUCACUGGAAAUUUUGUAUAGAGAAACACAAAGAGAUUACACCUGCAAGUCUAAGCCAUCUAGACCUGCUCUAAAAUUCUGUGUGAAGAAUGGCUAUAAAUAUUGUGAUAUUGAGAAUAUCUACUAUUGCAGCUUACUGAACCAGUUGUUAUUGGUUCAUGAUCUGUCUAGAUGCAGCUGUCUGCAUGUUUAAUGCAAUGCUGCCAAUAUUCUUUAAGAAACUUUGCAAAAGAUAUAUUUGUACAAUCAAUAUACAUAAGGCUACCUCAAAAGCCUAACCACAUUUCAUAUACAGCCCUAUAAAAGAACUGCAUGAAUUUGAUCCAAUGGGUGUAUGAGGAAGGUGGGAAUACUUUCUGGUGUAAUAAUCAUGUCCAGAUUAUAUUUUAAUGUGAUUCAAAUAGUUAGCAAAAACAUAUUUUCAUAAAAGCAUGGUGUACUGUUUACCUUAUGCCUUUCGGUUUCUACCUCUCUUUCAGCAUUAAUUUUGAAGAACUCUGCUAUGUUAUAUUGAUUACUAAGCAACAUUUAUCUCAAUAAAAUAUAUGCAUCGAGA